UUCAAUUAAUUCAUAUAACAUUUGAAGGCAAUUUCUUUUUGGAGAGGAGUUUGAUUAAGUUUCAAUCAUAAAUUCAAGUUCAUUUGUAAUACAAUAGUCAAUUUCACUUGUGAAUUUCUUUGUCUUGACGGCGUUCAAAAAUUCACUUGCAACAAUAUGAGUAAUAUAGUACGCCAUUAUGCGCUUGGAGUACGGAUAGUAGAUAGGGAAAUAAGUUCGACGUGGACUGUUUAUAUUGAUGGUGCCUGUCCAGGUAAUGGAACUCGAAGUGCAAGAGCUGGUUAUGGGGUUUAUUAUGAACAUAGUGCUAAUUUAAAUUCAAGUAUGCCUUUAGACUUAGUUGAUGACUUAACGGUGAAUAGACCCACUAAUCAAAGAGCUGAAUUAUUUGCUUUAAGACAUGCUUUGAGAGAAGCAGAGUUCUAUUUUGAUUAUGGAAUCAAAUAUUUAAUUAUGACUGAUUCAAUGUAUAUCAAAAAUUGUAUGGAUGUUUGGGUUCAUAAAUGGAUUCAGAAUGACUGGACAAAUUCAAAAGGAUUCGAUGUAGCAAAUAAAGAAUUAAUACAAGAAACAUAUCAAUUAUAUAAAGAUAUAUGUGUGAAAUAUAGAAGGAAGGGUUGGCAACCAAUGGAGAUUUGUCAUGUUCCUGGUCAUAGUGGCAAUAUAGGAAACGAGAAAGCUGAUGCACUUGCAAGACAAGCAAGUGAUCGUUGUGGUGUUUAUUAAUCCCAAUGAAAGCCAUACAAUUAUCAAUUAACAUAUAAUAAUAUAUUUGAAUAGCACGUUAGAUAGAAACGUAAUAUUUUUCAUAAAUAAACUGAUGUAGCACACUUUUCACACGGCUGAUCCAGAUAUGCUUAAGGCACAACUGCAGGGUCUUCUUUAAAUUCUCUAUUGACUUUUCAUAACAAACCUGGUGACUGAAAUAGUUCUGCUUAUCAGUUAUUGUAACUCUAAU